AUGAGAGAAUCGAACAACAAAUCAAUCACGCAGAACAGAGCUGCGGUUUCGAUCACCACAAACCUCUACGAUAGAAGAGCACUGGAUGCUACGUGUGAUCGGCCGCUGGUGAACUCGCUGAACCAUCUGACGUUUCUGACGUCGUCGUCAGCCAAAGUGCGCGAGACGCUUGCGAGCGAUGGAGGGCUGGAACGGUUGGUGUCGAUACUGUACGAGUGCAGGAAAGAGGAUGCUGAUAUGGAUUAUGUGCUGGAGAGGCAGGCGAAAGGCGUUGAUAAGUCGAUUGCGGAAGAGAAGCGAGACGCUCUGAUUGCGUGGAAAUGGACUUUGGCGUUCCAAUGCCUGGUGCUGAUUGGCACCAGAGGCACGGAGAAGAUUAGAGAACGGGUGGUUCAGGCCGGCAUCAUCCCCAUCAUCGCCACGGUGCUGGACAACUACCUGCUUGCGACGAGAGAUUUCGACUCGAGGACCGAUACGACGCUGAGCGAUCGGUUCAUUGAUCUCGUCCAGAGACAGCUACAGAUACUACAGAGACGUGGGAAACAGGCUUGUGCGGAGAGGCUCAACGAUGACGAGGAUUUGAGCACUUUUGUCGAUUCCAAUUCUGAGCUGCACAGCUUGCUGGGAAGCGUACGGAAUGAGCAUGGCUCAGGUGGCAACAAUGAACAAGACGUUGAGGUGAUGCAUAACAUCUCCGACAUCACUGCUCAGCAGACUCUACACGACGUUAACAAUACGAUUACAUCACCAAGGUUCUUCUUGAGGGGGAUCCUGGUUCCCAAGGACGACGAUGUUGUGUGGUCGCUGCAGCUUUUGGCGUUCAUUUCGAAGUAUUCUUAUCUAAAGAGUAAUCUACAACAUACUCACCUGGUGGAGUCCAUUUCCCUAAGGUCUUUGUUGAAGAACUGCCAUAGUCCAGCCUCUAUACCUGCUCUGGACAAAGACGACGACCUGGAGAUUGAACUAAUAUCAAACUUGUCAUCAGAUGAGAAUGAACAACAACAGCAACCAAAGAGCCAACAUUCAACACAGUUUACACAAAAUUCAUCACAGAUCACCUCUCAAAACACCUCGUCGGCGUCGUCAUCGCAAAGGUUAGAACCGCAGACCCAGCCGAAUUCCGAGAACUCCAUCCCCUUAACGUGUAUCGCUUCAAAGAUUUCAUCCAUCAAAAGAUCAAUAUUCGAAAAAGACGAGUAUCUACAGAAGUGGGACUACGAUACCUAUUUCUUGACCCAUUCUCCCGAGGAUGACUGUCAAACCAAAGAGAACUGCAUUGAGGAGCUGAACAUCUUCCCAUUGGUGGAGAAGUUCACCGUUAAAACAGUCAACACCUCAGACAUAUGUUAUUGGGCUGGUGUCACGAUGCGUAACUCGUGUCGUAAAGCAGAGAGUGGUGUCAGACAGUGUGCAUGUUUCGACUGUGGUAAAUGGGAAACCACUCCACGGCAAUUUGCCAAAUGUCGCCGUUGUAAACGUACCAAGUACUGCUCCAAAGAGUGUCAGUUGAAAGCGUGGGUUUACCACAAGCAUUGGUGUGUUGAUUCCAACUCCACCUCAACAUCAGGCCAUAGCCAUGGCACUACGAGCUCAACAGUAACCACAACCACAACUGCAAACGUCACAGGACAAGAGAGUGGUGAUUCCCCUGCAGUGGGCACAACUCAACUGCCCCGUGAUGACGAUACGACAGUACCAAUGACGACAGCAACGGCAACUACACGUUUAAACGAAAAUCUAUAA